AUGCAAGCGAGCGACAUAUGCGGGACCAUCGGAAUCCUGCAUGCAUAUCUUCCACAUCCGAUGCUCCGAACACUCACACAACCCUCACACACACUCUCUCUCUCUCUCUUGUUGCACUGCAUUCAUGCAUGUUUGUUUGUUUACUUGCGUGUCUGCUUACUUGUUGCCGUGCUUGUUUAUCCCGUGACCUACCUACUCUUGCAGAUUCAUGCCGCUACAGGACUGGCUUUCGCCCUUCUUCUCCUUGACCUGCGAACUUGUGGGGCGAGUGCCACUACCAUCAUCACCUCACUACACUACACGCAAUUAGUUCUCGACCAUGGAAAAUCUUGGGCUUCGUCUGCGGGCUACUAUCCUCAACAAGCAUUCUUCGCUUAUCGCUCUGUCCAUCUCCACCACCUCGUCCUCUUGCCGUUGAUGCCGCCUCGAGCCUUCUCUAGCUCCCACUUGCAAGUAACGCGCCACGGCGACAAGAACCACCACCACCACCACCACCAACAUUCAAAUGUUGGAUUCUAUCCAUCAAACCUCGCCCAUCUCCCGUGGUUCGCCGUAUCCACUUCAGCUCCGACGCGCCAGCCACUACCUUCGCGUCGUCAUGCCCGCCUAGCCUUUGCCGGCCGAUCGCGACAUCUAUUCGCCAUCAUGGCUGUCUCAGAACCAGAUAUGGCCCUCCGCACACCCAGGAUCCCCAAACUGACAUAUCGAAACCCGUUACCGCACUCCCACUCUACUGCUACUGUUGCUCAACUCGAUCCUGCCGAAGACUCUCUCCACCACCACAUCGACACCAUCACCCGACAUCCAUCCACCCCCGAAGACUCCCACCCAUCGUCCGACUCGAGAAGCGUCACUUCCUCAAUCGACUCCAGUCUGGCUUCCUCACAUGUCUCCACAUCAAAGUCUUCAAAGACUUCCUCCAAAAAGAAGAAGAAUGCCGUCUUUGGCUUCUUGACCGUCAAAGAGCCAUCCCAGGCCGCCUUGGAGCAGUUCGCCAAGUCUCAGCACCAGCAACCCUCCCUCAAAAGCUCAACCUCCUCCAUCAAGAGUGGUUCUUCCAUGCCCGUGGGUGCUCAGCAAAUCUCCAACCAGAAGCUCCCGUCCAAUGUCCCAAGAGUAAAUUCCAAAUGGGAUGGCCUACCUGAUUCCGUAAAGUCGCCCCAAGUGUCCAAAACAUCCAGCAUGAGAAGCUCGGCAUCCUCUGAUGGAGACCGUUCGAUGUUUGGUGGUAAAUCUACCUUCGACACGGCUUCCGUCAUGUCCGCGGCUAGUCGAGGUCCUCCACCGUCUCUUGCAUCGACAGCCGCUUCGGUGGCUGAUGCCAUAGAUGGUCCUGUUCUGGAGUCAUCCACCGCUGUUUCUUCCAACUCUUCGUCGCAAAUAUCGUUACCCGACAGGUCUUCUUCGUUGCAAACAUCGUUACCUAACAGGUCUUCUUCAUUACAAGCAUCGUUACCCGAUACGUCUUCUCGCUCUUCGAACGAUACACCCUUGAUUUCAGGCACGUUGUCAUCAUCCUCGCAAUAUUGGGACUCAUCAAUCGGUUCACAAGAUAUAGUUGGGACACAUGAGCUCGAGGACCCAGACCUCAACGGUGAAGCGGAAGCAAUAUUUCGGAAACUCCAGGGUGGCAAUGAUUCCUCAUCCGACGAAGGGCACGCGCAUGCCGAAUAUGCCGAGCAUGAUCUUGUGGAUGGUGUGCCUGAGACACAUGAGUUCCUGUUCGACUUAGCAACCCCUGUUGGUGCCUCAGCGUCUUCUGGUGCAUCAGCAAUGUCUCCAUCAUCCCCAUCUCCGUCGUCAUCAUAUCCCAACUCUUAUGGGUCUCCGGUAACACCGCCGUCCGAUGAGCAUAGUUCGCAGUUUGUAGAACGACCAGCCCGUCUUUCGCCCUCAAGCUUCUCCCGACCACGCCCAGUCGCAUCCAGAAGCCAAUCUUUCAGAAUGUUAUCAUCCACCCUGCCAACACUAUACGAAGCCUCUGUUGCUAGCACAGACACCAUCACAGAAUAUUCAGAUGAUACGGAGACAGAGACGCGACGUUCCAUCGAUACCAUGUCCAUUGCCGAGUCGACUGCCGAUUCCCUUGCCCCAUCCGUCAUGUCGGCAUCCUGGAGUCGAACCUCAAAAGACCGACUAGGUCUUGGUAUCGGACGCCUCCGCAAGAGCGAUACUCUGCCUUGGGAGAUGGACGAUAAGCCGGCAUCGGGAAAGUUGAAAAAGGGCCGUCUUUCUGUCUUUUCCAAGUUCUCCGCCUAA